UGAGAAGGGAGGAGGGAAGGGAUGUGAUGCUUCACCCCUCUGACUUCUGACAGAACGUGGCUUCAAGUUUGACAACAGAGGUUACCACGUUCCUGGGGUUAAAAGUGUUCUGAAACACCAACAGUUCAUCAGCACUGGAGACAAACCUAAGUCUCUACAAACUUCACCAAAAGUCUGUUUCUAUCUCUGGGAUGCUGCAGGGAACAGGACUAUAGUAGCACAGGUCACUGUAACAAAGUCCUCCCUGCCACAAUGAACAGCAUGAAUGCUCAAACGCACCCAUCACCAGACUACAAGCAACUUUCCUGAUACAAGCUUCCUGCUAGUUUACAAGGCAGCUUGUCUUGUGUGUUGAGAGAAAACAGCCCUUGGAUUAAGAUGAACCAUACCUGUAAUAUGAGUGAAGAACUCCGGACAUACAAACACCAUGUGUAUGCAGUGGUGUACAGUGUGAUUUUAGCACCAGGCCUGCUGAGCAAUGUGUUGGCCCUGUGGGUGUUCAGGGUCUAUAUCAAAGAAACUAAGAAGGCUGUGGUGUUCAUGAUGAACCUGGCUGUGGCUGACCUACUGCAGGUGCUCUCUCUGCCUUUGCGGAUCUACUACUACAUGAACAACACCUGGCCUUUUGGUCAUCCUCUCUGCAUAAUCUGUUUCUAUCUCAAGUAUGUCAACAUGUAUGCUUCCAUCUACUUCCUGGUGUGUGUGAGCGUGCGUCGCUGUGAGCUCAUCAUGCGUCCACUGAGGUACACGUCAUCCAGGCGAAAAGGAGACUUCAUUAUAUGCGCCUGUGGCUGGCUGUUGGUCUGUUUGGCCUGCCUGCCAUUCCCUCUGCUGAGGAACUUUACCAGUGAAAAUACCAGUGAAAAUAGCACUAAACUGGUGUGCUUCUCAGAGCUGCCCAUGAGGCCUGUCACAACUCUAACAGCCUGUGCCCUUCUGAUCAUAGCUGAGCUGUUUGGGUUCAUCAUCCCCCUUAUCUGUGUGUUAGCCUGUACCUGUCUGACUGCUGGGAGCCUCCGGAGGCAGAACACAGGUGCAAUUACUGACCGAGGAGAGAAGCAGAGGGCUUUAAGGAUGGUGCUAAGCUGUGCCGCAGUUUUCUUAAUAUGCUUUGCUCCAUACCAUAUUACUAUGCCCCUGGACUUCCUGGCAAAAGCCAACGCUCUUCGCAAUUGUGCCCUCAGGGAUCUGAUUCUGCGAUGUCACCCUGUCACACUCUGCCUGGCCAGCCUGAACUGCAGCCUGGACCCACUCAUGUACUAUUUCACAACUCAUGAAUUCUGGAGGCGGCUAAGCAAGACAGAGAUACCAGAGAGCAUAGCUUUCAGCAGGCGCCUGUCCCGCGUGACUGCAAGAGGGGAGGUUGAGGAUGACUAGACCACAGUCUAAAUGAGCUUGCUGAAGGACCAAAAUGAUAAUCUCAACCACUAAACUCUGACAACAAGACGUUCCUAAAAUCUAAAAAGUUAUAAUUUACAUGAAAACAUGCAUGUGGAAAUACAGAGUGAGUUUCAAACUGUGAAUUUUUUUCUAUUUAUUUUUCAAUAAAGGUGUGACUUCUUUGUAAAUUUGUACGGCUCAAGUGAAGAGUGAGCUAGUUCUGUUGUGAGGGAUGAACUUGCAUUCAAAACCUCUUACGGAUGAACACAAUACCG